AUGCACAUACACCACGCUCACACGCCACGGACACGCACCGCACACACGCGCCACACUCACGUGCCACACACAUGCUCCACGCUCACGCGCCACGGACACACACCGCACACACACACCACACUCACACGCCACGCACAAGCACCGCACACACGCACCACACACACGCACCACACAUGCACCACACUGACGCGCCACGCACAGGCACCGCACACACGCGCCACACACGUGCACCACGCGCACGCGCUACGGACACACACUGCACACACGCACCACACUCACACGCCACGGACACGCACUGCACACACGCACCACACUCACACACCACGGACACGCACUGCACACAUGCACCACACUCACACGCCACGCACAGGCACCGCACACAUGCACCACACUCACGUGCCACACACAUGCUCCACGCUCACGCGCCACGGACACACACCGCACACACAUGCACCACACUCACGCGCCACGCACAGGCACCGCACACACGCACCACGCACACGCACCACACAUGCACCACACUCACACGCCACGCACAAGCACCGCACACACGCACCGCACACACGCGCCACGCACAGGCACUGCACACAUGCACCACACUCACGCGCCACGCACACGCACUGCACACACGCACCACACUCACACGCCACGGACACGCACUGCACACACGCACCACACUCACGCGCCAUGCACAGGCACCGCACACACGCACCGCACACACGCACCACGCACACGCACCACGCACACCUGCCACACACAUGCACCACGCACACGCAGCACGCACACGCGCCACGCACACGCAGCACACACAUGCAGCACACACACGCAGCACACGCCACGCACACACCACGCUCAUGCCACGCACACGCAGCACACACGUGCAGCACACACACACACGCGCAUCACGCACACACGCCACGCACAUGCCCAGCUCCUCCUUAG